CACACACACACACACACACACACACACACACUCACUCUUUCUCUCUCUAACACUCGCUUCAGUUGUUACCUCUUCAAAGGAAAGAGAAAAGUGUGGAUUUUGUUUUUGGAUGCCGAGCGCAGCUGAGCUAUUGUACACCAGGAGGUCUCGUGUGGGUCGAAUCACCGACUCAGACGACCUAGGAGGAGGCUUUGAUUCGUCUCUCGAUCGAAUUUCGCUCCACAACAAUAAUCGUCGCCAGCACCACCAUCACACCAACAAUUUUCGUGGCGAUCGGCACGAUCUGGAUGGAUGUGAUCAUCUCCGGCGGCCUCCUAAUCUCAGACAUCCCAUUCAUCGCACCGUUCAUAUUGAGCAUGAAUCAGUUCGUCAUGAUCAAAUCAGCAGCCAAUCUACUUUAGGAAACUCUGUUAACUCAGAAAAUUUUAGCAGCAUAAGAGAGAGACAAAGAUUCAGAGGGAAUGAUAGACUUCCUGGAGCUGUGCUACUUGCGAGGGAAAGGCUUCUUAACAGGUUGAGAGAUGUUUCCCUAUCUGCAAACAGGCGGAGUAACAGUGCUUCAUCUCUCGGCGUAAGAUUCAAUGAUGUGUUUAGGCUUGGUGAUGUCGGGGACUGGCAGACUGAAGCACCAAGGAACUGGCUAGCUGGUUACACUGCCCCUACUUACUCAAUCUCUCCAACAGAUCGGCAGCUAGUGCUGCAAGAACCCAGGAAGAGACCACCAGGACUCACUCAAGAGGCACUGAAUGGUCUGCCUCUGGAGGUUUUCACUAUAAAAAAAAGUGAUGAAGAGGCAGUAUCAAUGGCACCACUGGAGUGCAGUAUAUGUCUUGAGAGUUUCCUGGAGGGCGAUGAGCUCAGAUGUUUACCGUGUGGGCAUAAAUUCCACUCCUCCUGCUUGUAUCCUUGGGUUCAGACUUGUGGUGAUUGCCCCUAUUGCCGUACUGAUAUAUUGGUAGAUAGAGGUGAGCAGCAAGAGAGCCAUAGCAUCCUUUAUUGAGGUAUUUCCGUGAGCGGGGUGUUCUGUGUGUGCUCUAGUUUUGGGAUUUUGACCAGAUAGUGCAGAUGUUUUGUGCCUUAAACUUGUGCCUCUUUCUAUGCUUUGUUCUAAAAGAGGACAUAAUCUAACAUUACUGACGUUUUACUGCCUGUUGACCUGUCAUUAUAUCUCGGGGCGAAUGUUUCCCUGGCUUGGUUUUUUCUUGCUUGUGACACUUCAGAAAAAUACAGGAGA